CGAGGUCCCAGCAGCUGCCGGGAGGGAAGAUUUGGGACGGUUGCGGAGGACCAGGGAGGACCGCGGGGGACCGGAGAGGAUCGUGGAGGACUGCGGAGGUUCGUGGAGGCUCAGUGAGGCGAGUGGAGACCCAGGGAGGACCGUGGAGGCCUAGGGAGGUGCGUGGAGACCCAGGGAGGACCUGCAGAGGCCCAGGGAGGACUGCAGAGGCCCAGGGAGGACUGCAGAGGCCCACGGAGGACUGCGGAGGUUCAGGGAGGACUGCGGAGGCCCAGGGAGGACUACGGAGGCACGCAGGGGUACGUGGAGGCCGUGAGGCCAUCGGUGGCGUGCAGAAGCCGGGACCAGUGGAGGCGCCAAAGCCUGCAGAAGCCCACCGAGGCCUGAGGCAGCGGUUGGAGGCCAGCUGUGCGGCGAGUGUGCGUUUGUGUGUGUGUGUGUGUGUGUGAGCACACGAAGGCACCAGGUCCCAGCGUGCUGACUGACCCUACCCACUGGGGACACACUCCCUGAGGCGUCGCCGCCCUCGCUGCUGCUGCUGCUGCUGCUGCUGCUGCUGCUGCUGCUGCAUCACACAGACCCCAGCCGAAGCCCUCCCCAGUCGCCCCCAGGAUCCCCAGGGCAAGACAGGUCCAGGCCCAGGCCUCGCACAGCCUCCUAGAGCCGAGAUGAGUGAAAACCACGACGACGAGCUUCCUCCCGAACUGGAGAACCAGUUUAUCCUGCGCCUGCCCCCGGAUCAGGCCUCCAGGGUCAGGCAGAUCAUACGUUCUGGAAAUGCCGCCAUGAGAGAGAGACUAAAAAUUGACCUAUCUCCGGAUGCACGGCACGCCGUCCUUCAGGUGGAUGACGUUUCGCUGUCCGCCAGAGUCGUCGAUUUGCCCUGUGUGAUUGGAAGCCUGAAAACUCACGACAGGAAAACCUUUUAUAAAACGGCGGAUAUUUCCCAGAUGCUUGUGUGCAGUGCCGAGGGCGAUCCCCGCUCUUCUCCAGAAGAACCAGCCCCUGCUGCCGGGGCUACGGCCCUGGGACGCCAAGGGGAGACAGGGAACAAAUAUACUUGGAAGCAUGGCAUCACCCCACCACUGAAGAAUGUCAGAAAGAAGCGGUUUCGGAAACCGACAAGAAAGCUCCCGGACGGGAAGCAAAGUGAAGGUGGCUGUGGUGGCUACGUUGACUCGAAAGAUGUGGAAAAGGAAGUGAAGAGACUGCUGCGUUCAGAUGCCGAAGCCAUCAGCAGCCGAUGGGAAAUCGCUGUUGAUGAUGAAACCAAGGCAGUCCAGAGUCCAGACUGUAUUCCGGGGCUUCCGGUACCCACCGAAAUAACUGGGCAUAGCUCAUCAGAAUGUGCUGUGCCUCAGAACACAUUCCGUGAUUCUAGCCGUCAGGAUGACGAUCAAGAGAAGGAUGAGCAUAAGGAUGAGGAUGAAGAGGAAAGGGAUGGAGAGGAGGAGGAUGAAGAAGAAGAGGAGGAUGGAGAGGAGAAGGAAGAUGAUUUGGAAAGGGAGCUACAAACCAAGUUUAUUGAGUUUAGCUUGUGCGAAGCUAAUGAAGGUCAUAGUUCAAUAAUUUUGGGAAUUCAGAAGCUGAUUCACUACAAGGAGAAAAAGCUCCAGAAGAUUCAGGGCAAAGCACAAAGACAGAAAGAUCUCCUCGGAAAAUUGGAAAACCUGACCCUCAAGAGUCAUUUCCAGUCUGAGCUAGAACAGCUCAAGUUGCAGGAGAAACAGAAGUAUGAGCAGAUCAUUUUCCUACAGGAGCAACUGAAAUAUUUUGUGAAGAAGUAAGACUGACUCCAUCAUCCAGACUGAAGACUUGGUGAAACUGUACACUUCCCUCUAGUUACCGUAUCUUGAAUUAACAGUUUUUUCCUUUGAACAUUUUGCUAAUUGUAAUGUUUCAAGAACACAGUCAUGUAGAAAAGGACAGUAUAAAAAUGUGAUAAAAGGUUCCAGUUGAUUAUGGAGCUUGGAUUCUCUUGGUUGAGAACUCCAUGUAUUGCUUCUCUGUUAUAAUUCUAUCAGAUAAUUUAGCUGUGCUUAACAAAGGGAGACAGUCUAGCUUAUAAAACCCUACAGCUAGUUUGCAUUUGUCUAAACUGUUCAAAUAUUUGCUACAAUGUAGAAAAAAAUUUCUAGGUGUGGUGGCCCAUACCUGUAAUCUCAGCACUUGAGAAGUUGAGGCGGAAUAAUAAGUUCAAAGUCAGCCUGGGCUACAUAGCAGCUUCCAGGACAAACUGGUUUACAUAGACCUGUCUCAACACAGAACCAAUACUAGAUUCUGUUGAGAUGAAGACUGUUUUCGUGCUCAGGGAUUUUUGUUUGUUUAUUUGUUUUGCACGUAACUGAAUUUUGUACUAAUGUUGGCAGGUAUUAUCCUUAUUCUAAGUUUCUGUAUCCUAACCUCACUAGAAAAGAUGAAGAAAAGCCAGAUGCCUGUAAUGCCUAGGAAGACUUCCUUAACAAUCCUGGGCUUUUUGGCAGUGUUGUUUUAAAGCUUAGUCUGUAUUCUUUAAGCAAAAAAUAAAUUUUUUGAAUGGAAAUAAAAGAA